UCAGAUUAAUUAAAUUAAUUUGAUCUACUAAUAAAAUUUCGUUUCAUUAAUAAUUUACCUCUCUCUUUGUUAACUUGUAACAGUCGCAUUCUGGUGGUGUUCCCGUCCCGCCUAACAUACUUACCUUCCUAUAUUUUCAAACAUUUCGCAUCACCUCAUAUACGGUUGUUACAAAAUAAAAACUGUAUAAACUACCAAAAAAAAAAACAAAAAAAAAAAUAAAUUAAAUUAAAUUGCUCUAGAUAUCAUUGGAUUACUAUUAUUAUUCUUAUUAAGUUAUGGGUUUUCUUCACAAGCUGUGGGAUGAUACACUUGCUGGUCCGACUCCGGAAUCGGGUUUAGGUAAACUACGUAAAUAUAACUCAUUUUCUGGACGUUCUUCAUGCAGUGCUCCUUCGUCCCCCACGACGAACCGUGGCCUCCACCACCAGCACCAGCACCAGCAUGGCCCUGGUGGUGGUGCGGCUACCGAUGAUGUGAUGCCUGUUUCAAGGAGCAUUACGAUUCUACGCAGCAACUCGAUGUCUGUUCGAUCUGGGAAUACUACGCCAGAUUAUGGAUCUGCUCAAUCUUCUCCAGCUUUUUCUAGCGCUUGUACUUCUCCAUUUUCACCAAGCACACCAAGGAGGAAUUACAAGAAGCAACAGAAGGCAAAAGCAAAUAUGGAACCCUCUGCUAACUAUGAUUGGAUCGUGCUAAGUUCUUGGGAUCGUUGACGAAAGAAGCAAAAAGAUGCAACUAUUUUGUGUGAAGAAAUGACUGCUGCAAUUAUAGAACUUAAUUAAGCCUUUCGCAAAUCAAAUUGACAGAAAGGUUUACCGGCUACUAAUUAAAGGGAAUUUCCAAUGUUGUUCAUACAUGUAAUAUAUAUUAAUAAUAUGUACAUAUUAAUAAGUGUAUUAGAAUAAAUAACAAGAAUAAGAAGGUUCUAGUAGUACUAAAAGAACCACUGCAUCAUAUAGAUGAUGAUUAUGUUAAUAAUAUCAGGGAGAGAGAAACUACAAGUAGGAGAUUUCACUAAUUAUUUUUUAUUUUAAAGUUGUUUAAUUAGCUGCUUCCUCCAUCUGUAUGGAGUGAUGCUUUUUUAGGUGGAGAUUGGUCUCAUUAAAGGGGACUGUUAUAUAUCACUAUAGAUGGUUUACUAUAUAUGUUGUAAGUUAGAUGUACUCCACACUAAUAUUGUUCUUUCAAUAAAAACUUAAUAAAUUAAGCUCUUGUUUAGUUCUAUAA